AUGGUGUUUCUGCACGAGCUUUUGCGGAAGCUCACACUACUCUCAUGUGGUAUACUUCCUCGCCAACAACCCCGCCCAUCUUAUAUCGACACUCUUGCCCACGAUUCUGCUGAGGACUGGGGCUCCGAUUACGACAGUGACUCUGAUGCUUCCUCUGCAUCAAGCAAGUCCGACUCCGAGAGUGAUUCCGAGUCCGACAUCGAUGACCUGCCAGCCCCUCAACGAGCACGGCCACGCAUACCACAUCCUGAACCCUUCUCAGUCAUGGGUUGGGCCAGCAAGCAGAUCGACGCCAUGUAUGCACGCCGUUAUGAGAACGAGCGACACAAGAUCGUGCGGUCGGACGACCCAACGAUGCGUGUAGCGCUGGACACCUGGCGAUACGAUGACCCCGAUUCCUUUCGGACAGACCUUCGUGUCUGGCCGAAAACAUUCAAUCGCCUGGUCCAGAAGCUAGAGAACAAUGCUGUCUUCCACAAUGGCGGCCCUAACAAGCAGAAGCCCGUUGAGGAGCAACUGGCGAUUGCUCUCUACCAGUUUGGACACCACAGCAAUGCUGCAUCACUCACGUCAGUCGCAAAUUGGGCGGGGUACGGAAAGGGUACCAUCUCCAAGUGCACAACACGUGUUAUCAAGGCCAUCCUUGCAGAGGACCUUCUCCGCCGGUAUGUGCGGAUGCCAACAGAGGUUGAGAAGGAGGAGGCGAAGAGAUGGGUUGCCAGGAAGGCGGGCUGCGAGGGGUGGCGUGAUGGAUGGUGCAUGGUCGAUGGCACUCUCGUACCGUUCUAUGCUCGACCUCACUAUUUUGGCGAGAGUUACUUUGACCGCAAGCAGAAUUACUCACUCAAUGUUCAGGUUGUCAACCUUCCGAAUCUGCGCAUAGUCGAUAUUGGAUUUGGCCAUGUUGGAAGUACGCACGACACGACCGCUUUUGGCACUACCAAAAUCUAUCAGCAACGCCAAUUUAUUCUGAAGCCAGGGGAAUGGAUUUGGGGUGAUGCUGCCUAUCCGAUCUGCGACUGGGUUGUCUGCCCAUUUAAAAAGCCUGAACGGGACGAGCCCGAUAACACUCUGUUCAACAACCAUGUCUCGUUUGUGCGUGUACGCUCUGAGCACUGCAUCGGCUUCCUCAAAGGGUGCAUGCAGUCACUCAAGGGUCUACGGAUUCUUGUCCGCAGCAAGCCGGACCACACCUAUGCAACUCAGUGGAUUGCCUGCUGUGUUGCAGUCCAUGCCUAUGCCAUGCACCAUGAAGCGAAGAUGGCAAAAGCGGAGGGCAAGGAUGACUACGAGGAGGUAUGA